AUGAGCUCGGUCAAUAUUGAUGCUCCUAAAGUCGUCCAAUACGACGGCAUACCCUAUUUCACACCUGCGAACAAUGGCGGUGCUGCGAUCAAUCUUAAUGCCGAAACCCCUACCCUCUUUCGCCCAUUGAAAAUCCGAGAUGUCACCCUGAAGAAUCGCGUCAUGGUUGCGCCGAUGUGUAUGUACUCGACCGAUCCCAACCCGUUAUCGCCCACAGUUGGGGCUUUGACAGAUUAUCACAUUGCACAUCUUGGGAACCUCGCGCUAAAAGGUGCUGGGUUGAUUAUGAUUGAGGCGACUGCUGUCCAGGCGAAUGGCCGCAUUUCGCCCAAUGAUUCGGGCCUCUGGCAAGAUGGAACUGAAUCUGAGCAAUUCAAAGGACUUAAACGUAUCGUUGAUUUCUUGCACAGUCAAGGUGCCACAGUUGCUAUUCAGCUAGCUCAUGCAGGCCGCAAGGCUAGCACCUCGGCGCCGUGGAUCGCUAUGCAGGCGGGCAAGCGGAGCAUUCGGGCUGAAAAAAGUGCUGGAGGCUGGCCAGACAAUGUCGUUGGACCCUCUGGUGGAGAAGGGCACAUUUGGAGUGCCGAUGGAUAUUGGGAGCCAAGAGAACUCAGUACCACGGAAGUUGAAGACGUGGUCAGGGCAUUUGCAAAGAGUGCUGAAUUAUCCGUGCAAGCUGGCGUCGACGUUAUUGAAAUCCACGGAGCUCAUGGUUAUUUGAUCUCCCAGUUCUUAAGUCCGGUCACCAACCGCCGAGCAGACAAAUAUGGUGGAUCAUUUGAGAACCGAACACGAAUUGUUCGAGAAAUUGCAGCAGCCGUACGCUCUGUUGUUCCAACCGGAAUGCCCCUUUUCCUGCGCAUCAGCGCCACCGAAUGGCUCGAGGAUAAAUUUCCCGAGUCUUGGGAUAUGCCAUCUUCAAUCAAGCUCGCCAAGCAACUCCCGGAUCUAGGGAUUGACUUCCUUGAUGUCAGUUCUGGUGGUAACCACAAGGAUCAAGUCAUCGAACCCCAUACAAACUACCAGAUUGAUCUCGCUAGAAAGAUUCGAAAGGAAAUCCGCGAGACUGGACAGACCACCUUAGUUGGUGCCGUCGGGUUUAUCACAGAAGCGGAUGCAGCAAGUCAAAUUGUCCAGGGUGCUGAUUUAGACUCGGAAGCCAUCGCAACCGAAUCGAUGCUGACGGGGUCACACCCAGCGGCAGAUGCUGUCUUGAUGGCGCGCCAGUUUCUGCGUGAAGCGGAUUGGGUCAUGAAUGCUGCGAAAAAGCUGGGAGUUAAAGUAACGGUCGCUGCCCAAAUUGGACGUGCAGUGUAA